AUAUCGGGUUAGCCUUCAUUUGGCGGCGCAAUGAACCCGCGCGCACCAUGACUGUAUAUAAACGAGUGACAAGGUCACCUCUAUAACAGAAACUCCCGAAUUGUCAAACUGAAAAGAGCUUAUUUAUACUAUUAAAUAUUUGGAAAAAAAAACUAUUAACAUUAUUCAAUCAAUUGUUUGGUAUAUUAGCAAAAAAAGUUGUGAGUUUAAUUGAAAAAAGUGUGCAAAUAAAAUCAACAAAAUGUCAACGUUGAAGGAAAAAUUAUUAAAAACAGUUACUAAGCCAGUUGAAACUGGAAAAAAUAAAAUAACUAUUGUCGGGGUUGGUCAAGUUGGAAUGGCUUGUGCUUUCAGCAUCCUGACAAAUAAUGUAUCUCAUGAUGUUGUUCUAAUUGACGUAAUGGCAGAUAAAUUAAAAGGUGAAAUGAUGGAUCUCCAACAUGGAUCAUCAUUUUUAAAAAAUUCUCGUAUAAAUUCAAGUACAGAUUAUGCUGCAUCAGCACAUUCAAGCUUGUGCAUUGUAACUGCUGGUGCAAGACAACGUGAAGGUGAAACACGUCUUGAUCUUGUUCAAAGAAACACAGAUAUAUUUAAAGGAAUAAUUCCUCAACUUGUUAAAUAUUCACCUGACACAAUAUUACUCAUUGUAUCAAAUCCAGUUGAUAUAUUAACUUAUGUUGCAUGGAAAUUAUCUGGUUUACCAAAAAAUCGUGUCAUUGGAAGUGGUACAAAUCUUGAUUCAGCAAGAUUUAGAUUUUUAUUGUCACAAAAAUUAAAUGUUGCACCAACAUCUUGUCAUGGUUGGAUUAUUGGAGAACAUGGUGAUACAAGUGUUCCAGUAUGGUCUGGUGUCAAUGUAGCUGGUGUUCUUCUUCGUGAUCUUGACAAAAAUGUUGGAACAGAUAAAGACACAGAAGGCUAUGCUGAUAUUCACAAACAAGUUGUACAAAGUGCUUAUGAAGUUAUCAAAUUAAAGGGAUACACAUCAUGGGCUAUUGGCUUGAGUAUAUCAAAUCUUGCAUCAGCAAUUUUAAGAAAUUCCGGUCAAGUACAUGCUGUGUCUAUCAUGGUUGCUGGUAAUCAUGGAAUUUCUAACGAAGUUUUUCUUUCACUUCCUUGCACACUUGGUGAAAAUGGAAUCACAUUUAUUGUUCAACAAAAAUUGACUGAAGAUGAGAGAAAAUUACUUCAAACAUCUGCCAAGACUAUGCAUCAAGUCCAGAGUGGUCUUAAAUUUUAAUUGAAAUUUAUAAAUGUACUUUUUUUUUUUUCUUAUUUAAUGUGUGAGUGUGUCGGUGUUAAAAUUAUUCGUAUUAUUAUGACUUGCAUUUUGUGAAAAUUUUGUGCAUCAAAUUUCAAAUAAUUAUAUUAUUCUUCAACAGUAUUUAAUACUUAUUAUUUAAAAACGAAUGCAUUUGAAUAAAAAAAAUUAAUAUAAUUAUACAAAUAAAAAAUAUGUUAAUUAACUAAAAA